AUGACGACAAAGAGUGAUUCAGAUUCUGAACCCGAAAUUGAAAACUCAGAUAGUGAAGAAAAAGAUGUUACUUUCAAAAGUUUAGGUAUUGUAGAUGUUUUAUGUGAAGCUUGUGAAAAUUUGAAAUGGAAGAAACCAACCAAGAUACAAAGAGAAGCAAUCCCUAUUGCCCUCUCAGGAAAAGAUAUUAUAGGAUUAGCUGAGACUGGUUCUGGAAAAACUGGUGCAUUUGCUUUACCAAUAUUACAAUCCUUAUUAGAUAAUCCACAGAAGUUAUUUGCUUUGAUCUUAACACCUACUAGAGAGUUGGCUUUUCAGAUAUCAGAACAAUUUGUAGCUCUUGGAACAUCUAUUGGGGUUAAAACAGCUGUGAUAGUUGGAGGAAUGGACAGUAUGAGUCAAGCUAUGAUGUUGGCUAAAAAACCUCACAUAAUAGUUGCCACACCUGGAAGAUUAUUAGAUCAUUUAGAAAAUACAAAAGGCUUUUCAUUAAGUAAUCUAAAAUAUCUGGUUAUGGAUGAAGCUGAUAGAAUUUUAAAUAUGGAUUUUGGAAAAGAGAUUGAUAAAAUAUUGAAAUCAAUACCAAGACAAAGACGAACAUGUUUAUACUCAGCCACAAUGACACAGAAGGUACACAAGUUACAGCGUGCCUCAUUAGUUGAUCCAGUCAAAGUACAGGUGUCCAGUAAAUAUCAAACAGUAGAAAAAUUACAACAAUAUUAUCUAUUUAUACCUGUUAAAUAUAAGGAUGUCUAUCUGGUAUAUAUUUUAAAUGAGUUAGCAGGAAAUAGCUUUAUGAUAUUUUGUAGUACCUGUGCUACUACACAGAGAAUAGCAUUAUUACUACGUAACCUGGGUUUUACAGCUGUACCUUUAAAUGGACAAAUGAAUCAGGCCAAAAGAUUAGGUGCUCUAAAUAAAUUUAAAAGUAAAAGUAGAUCUAUUAUUAUGGCAACAGAUGUAGCAAGCAGAGGAUUAGAUAUUCCACAUGUAGAUGUUGUGAUUAAUUUUGAUAUACCAACUCAUUCUAAAGAUUAUAUACAUCGUGUUGGUAGAACAGCUAGAGCAGGACGAUCAGGGAAAGCCAUCACCUUUGUUUCACAAUAUGAUGUAGAGUUAUAUCAGAGGAUAGAACAUUUAAUCAGUAAAAAGUUACCACUAUAUAAGACUGAAGAAGAAGAAGUAAUGGUUCUAAUGGAAAGAGUAUCAGAAGCUCAAAGAUUAGCUAAAUUAGAUAUGGCUGACCUUGGCAAGAAAAGAAAAUCUAAAGGUGAUAAUGAUGAUACAGAAGAUUCAGUUGGUGUUCGGAAAAAAAUGAAGAAAAAAAAUAAACGUUAAUGAUUUGAUAUGUGAAUAAAUUUAUUAU